UUUUUUCUCCUCAUUUUACUACGUCAGAGUGAAAAAACACAACGUUUAAAAUGCUGAAAAAAGUCUCAUUCUUAUUACAACUCGAACUGCGAGUAAGUAUUUGAAAUGUGUAAUCCAGAGUGAAUUUCGAAAACAUCGAAUGUCGUUUUUAAACCAUUUCAAUAUUUUCGAAGAUCUACUUCAUCAUCUUCUUUCGAAAAAUUGGCAUACAGUUUAGCCAGAAAAAAUGGCUAGAAAAGUGCACAAGGUUAUCAGCCUUUUAACCAUCAUCAUCAUCUCAAUAAUACGAUCUCAUCGAGCAGAAACUUGGGAGAAGCCAGGAUGCCAUAAAAUAGGUCAUACGAGAAAAAUCAGCAUUCCAGACUGCGUUGAAUUUCGUAUAACGACAAAUGCUUGCCGAGGAUAUUGCGAAUCUUGGGCGAUCACAUCGACAGACGAAAGCCUGCCUUUCAAUCGCGGUCAAAGUAUCACCAGUAUUGGCCAAUGUUGUAAUAUAAUUGAUACCGAAGACAUAACAGUCCACGUUUUGUGUUUGGACGGUCUUCGGGAGUUGACUUUUAAAUCAGCUAUCAGUUGUUCGUGUCAUCACUGUAAAAAGCAGUAAAUUCAUUAACAUUACGAUGUGUUUAUUUAAGAAAAUAAAAUUUGUGAGAAUAUUAUAAUCGAAAAA